GUGUGGCAUCAUUCAGUAACAGGUACACCACACUCUCACCAGCAGCGAUGCUCUCUCGAAAUACGGUAGUAUGGCACUAGCCUGCUUUGACUCUGGCAGGCUGGCUGGUGCGGAUGAUCGGUUUUUUUUCGCUGUCGGCAACGUCAGUGACGCCGCGAGUUCCAUCCACAAGUACUCUGUCAUAUUUGUUGUUUUCCUCCUGCCUUUCUUCAGUGCGGUCUCCUAGGAAUACCAUUGCAGCAGUGUGAGCUGUGAGCAAGGCUGUUUUUGUUUUUGAUUGCCCUUCCUGCCCAACCCUGCGAGAGCUGAGGUGAAAAGAUGAUGAGGUGCCAUGUAGCGGUUGUGUGCUGGGUGUCGGUAGUCCUCGGUCAGCAGUGGGCCCCGGUCGUCCAAGCCCUACUAGACCCGGAUCUGAUCAUCCUGCAGCCGGAUCCCAUGCUGUACGAGGGCGAUGCGUGUCAGUUGAGGAAUGGCACGGCCGGCACCUGCCGGCCGGCGGACCAAUGCGAUUGGGCGAUGGCGAAACCAUGGGUAACGAGCGAGCUGGUAACGUGCUCCUUCAACCAGUCCAUGCCGAUCGUGUGCUGCGUGCGCCAGCAGCUCGAAUCCCGCAUCAUCACCAAGCGCAUCAGCGAGACGCAGUGUGAACGAUACCCGAACGCCACGGGUCUCUCGGACCACAUUUUCAACGGCGUCGCGGCUCAGUUCGGCGAGUUUCCGCACAUGGCCGCGCUCGGUUAUGGGCGACCGCCGGAUAGCGGUGGCACCACCGCCAACGACAGCACCGGUGCUUCGGUGUUCCGGUGCGCCGCCAGCCUGGUGGCGCCCCGCUUUCUACUGACGGCGGCCCACUGCCUGCGCGAGCAGCCCACCUUUGCACGGCUGGGUGUGCUCGAGCUGCAGCCGGCGCGUGUCGUCGACGAGCCGCUCGACAUCGCGAUCCGCAACGCGACGCUCCAUCCCGAGUACAACGCGGUCACCUACCAGAACGACCUGGCCGUGGUCGAGCUGGCGACCCCGGCGUCCGGCUGGCCAUUCGUCGAUCCGGCUUGUCUCUACACGAAGCCGUUGGCGUCGCUAACGGCGACGGCUAGCCCGCUAUCGGUGCAGGGCUGGGGCACGGUCCAGCCGGGUGACACCGAGCCAGCCCCACGACUCAUGAAGGCGCACUUGCAGGUUCUGGGGCGGGACGUGUGCGCCUCUGGCAUCCCUCGGUCGCGCCGCAACCCGGCCGGGCUGCACGAUGGGCAGCUGUGCGCGUUGGGCCGCAACGAGCGCAACGAAACGGUGGCUGACACGUGCCCGGGAGACUCCGGUGCUCCGCUCGAACUAGUCGUGGCCGGCCGCCACUACUUGGUGGGCGUCACCUCGAACGGGUAUGCCUGCGGUUCCCCGAUACCGGGCCUCUACACCGAGGUUGCCCACUACCUCGACUGGAUCGAAUCAAUCGUGUGGCCCGCCAGCGGACCAGGGUUUACGACGCGAGCCACGGUAAGAACCGGAUUGAUACUUAGCGACCGUGAGACAAUGCACCUGCGAUCUCCGGCGGUGCUGCCGUUACCCACGAGUCUCGCGGUACUGCUGCUGUGGCUACUGGUCGCGGUGUGCCACACUCAGGACAUUUACUUCCCCAGCACCAGCUCCGAGGGACGUUACGAGGGUGACGCAUGCAGCUUGGGAGGGUCCCCGUCGCGAACUGGGGUUUGUCGGCUAGCGUCCAUCUGCCCGGUCGGCAUCGGGGCCAACGGGGAGCGAUGCGAGUUCAGUGGCAACAAUCCGGUGGUGUGCUGUCCGCCUUCUGACACCGGGAAUCGCAUGACAUCGCGCAUCGCUGAGCAGGAGUGUGAGCGGUUUAGUGGGCAGCCCUCGACACUGAAGGACCACGUGUCCGGUAAUCGGUUCCGGGUGCAGCGUGGCGAGUUCCCGUUCAUGGCGUUGUUGCGCUUCCGCGACCAGAGUGGCUCUACGAGGCGGUGCGGAGCGUCCCUCAUCUCGCGGCGCUUCCUGCUUACAGCGGCGCAUUGCGUCUACAAUGUGCAACGCGCCAACGUCACGCUUGCCGCUCUCACCGUGGACGACCCAGAAAGUGACGAUUACGAGGUGCGGAACGUGCACGUCCACCAGGAAUAUAAGCGCCGUGAAAACGACAUUGCGCUGCUCGAGCUGGCCCGGGACGUGACGUUCGAGUCGACGGUGGGACCGAUCUGUCUCAACACGCAACACCUGGACAUCGCACCGACCGUUAACUUGACGGUGAUGGGCUGGGGCCUGGACGGUCAGGGCGAGGCGACCAAGCACCUGUAUAAGGCGACGGUGGCCACCAUCGCAACCGAAACGUGCGCAAUGCAGUUCCGUUCGGUCGGCUUGAACCCUACCGUUGGCGACAACCAGCUUUGUGCGCUCGGGGAGUUGGCUGGCGAAGAAUUCACUGACGCCUGUCAGGGAGACUCAGGCGGACCACUGGUCAUGAGUGUUCGGGGGCGUUUCCUACUCGUUGGAGUUAUCUCCACGGGGGCCCCGUGCGGAUCAAGGAUACCGGGCGUGUACACUCGUGUCUCCCGGUAUCUGGACUGGAUAGAAAAGAUUGUGUGGCCAAACUACUGAGCUGUGUACCACACAAAACCCAAGUCAGAUACAUU